AUGGUGCAAGGAGAAACGGGUUCCGUAAUAGAGCACCUGAUAUCCGUUUCGAAAUCAAUCGAAGCCGCUAAGGAUGAAGCUGCGAUACAGUUUAUGAAGUAUCGGGACGAUACCCAGAAGCUCGAAUCGAAGAUCAGGGCCCUGGAAGGACAACGAAAGGCUGACGAACAGCGGAUCAAGAAGCUACAAUAUGAGGUUGCCGAGCUACGACGCUACAAGAAAACUACAAACCCGGGAGCUCAAGAUGAAGAAGAGGAUGAGGAAGUGGAAAACGAUGGCGGCAUCGAUGAUAGAAUAAUAGAAGCGAAGCUACAAAAGUUCAAGGAGACGUACGAUCCUGAAAAGGCAACUGAAUUAUCUUGGCCUGAAGAACCUGUUAACGCCCUAUUUCUGGGGAGCGUUAAUCGUGUACGAGACUCUUAUAAAAAACUUUACUGCGAAACGAGGAGUCUGAUGGGGAUUAUGGGUUCUCUUCGAACCCAGGUCAAACACCACAAACGCAGAGCUGAACAAUGGCAACGCUGGUGUACUGAACUGUCUAAAUCAAACGUAGUUCCUGCGGCCACGAACUCAGACAGUGAUGAUACUCCGAUUACGCAAAGAGCCCCUCAGCAUGAGAGCACUCUUUCAACUUCGACUCCAACACCAGCCCGUACUCAAGACCAGAGGCAGGAAAUUCCCAACAGCUCUGAUACCGCUUCAACGACGUCGAAUUCGUCACCAAUAGCAUCUACAUCUUCGGGCAGUAAGGCGAGUGGAUCUCGUCCCGAAAUUGAGGCCUGUAAUCAACAACGCACUAUCCGUGUCAAGGAUGAACCCCUUUCCUUUGGAUCUCUACAAGAACCAUCUUUCCCCCAGGAGAUAAUUCCGAGUGGAUCUUUGGAUCUCGACGAGGUGGGUGAUGCAGUGACUACGCCCCGGAGCCGGCGAGUUGCCGUUUUCACAGAUGCCAGCUCUAGACCACAAAAUAAGGGACCGGUUCUUACUCCCAACAUUCAAAGCGGAGAGUGCCGCGCUUUUCAACCCAAAGACACGAAUUUACCCCAUCAAUUCAGGACACCAGAAGAGUCUGCAGUCAAACGGAGAAGGACUGGCGAUAGCGGGGCAUCCGCAAUCCACACAGUCGCUCAAGAUGGGGAGGAUCGAAACUAUAUCCGUGCAGCGGGGAAAGCUAGCAAUAUUGAGAACGAGACACCUUCCAAACCGUCGGUUCGGAAUCCAGACGCACACCGACGACUUGAUGAUCUUCUGGCAGCACGUCCCCAGAGGCAGAGUCCUGCACUGGAUCGACCUGGGAACCCUAACCUAGCACAAUCGGCAAACCCUGUUUCCGGGUCAGACUGGAAGAUUUUCGACAUAUUGAUUCCAUCUGUUAAGACGGUAAUAGAAUGCCAGAACGCUGUCGAUAAACGUCGUGCGCGUGCCCCGAAAAGGAAGCUUCAGCCCGAACCAGACCCAACGCCUGAACCGGACUGGGAAGCAAUCAUAAAGUCCGUACCUUUCAGAGAGUUACCUGUGGAUUGCCUCGACCUCAGUCACUUCAAGCCCAAUCCAGCAAGAAACCAGGGCCUUGACUUCGCCUUCAAAGACGUCGUCCGUCGCUCCGAUCUACGCAAAUGUCUCCCCGGAUGCAUGGAACGUGAUUGCUGCGGAGAUAAGUUCCGCGCCAUGGUUCUAGCACAAGGGAUCAAAUACGAACCCUCGAAGCACAAGACUCUAAUAGAAAACCAUCUGGGAGAAGACCACAACCACCUAAUGAAGAAAUUGACUCGCUCCCAGGAGGUGAUGGAUGGGUUGUUGAUUGAAGCAAAAGCGAAAGAAUUGUCGGAUCGAUUUGGGAAGCAUAGACAUGCUUAUGAACGUGGUCGCACGCCCCCGGGAUUUUGGCGGGCGGAUAUGCCGUCUACGCAAGAACAGGCCAAGGAUCGCAUGGAGGCUGAUCAGAUGGAGCGUGAGAAGGUGCUAGAGAGGAUGAAAGAAGCUAUGAAGCCAGAUGGGCUUUGGAAAUUUGCGGAUGAGUUUUGAUUUCUAUUAGUACUUUUAUUUUCGGGGUAAUAUUGUUGUAAGUGACUGUGUAUAUGUACUUUGAAUAUGUCUAUUGCUCGUACAGUUAAUUACUUCACGUUG